AUGUGUCUUUAUUGUGUUUCAAAUAUAAAAUGUUUUAUUAACAGAUUAUAUAAUAAAUUGAAUUCUUCAAUAAGAAUAAAAAAAUCAACAUAUAAUGGAGUUAAAAAACAUUUUUAUCCUCAAACAUUACAAUGUAAUUAUUAUAAAUAUAAAAAAAAAUUUAAAAUAUUAAAAUAUGAAAAUAAUAAAUUAAAUAAUUUUUAUUCUCAAUUAAAAAAUGUAUUAGAAGAUAGAAAUGUUUCAAAAAGUCAUAUUGAUUUUAUUGAUAUGGAAAUAAGAAAUUAUAAAAUUCAUCAUGCAACAUCUGGGAGAAAAAUAACAACUGAAAUUGCAUCAUAUUUAUAUAAUGAUGUGAAUCUAAUGAAAAAAUUAGUUAAUAUAUAUUAUAAUGAUUUUAUUGAAUGGAAUUUUAAAUAUCCUAAAAUAUUAUAUGGUACUAUCAAUGGUAUCAACCUAAAAGAUAUGAAUAUUAAUAUAAUAUUUCAAAAUUUAAAUACUUUAAAUUGUGAGGAAGAAGAAUCUACUGAACUUUUACACAAAAUAGAUUCAAUGGAUGAUGAUGAUUUUGAAAAAUUAACCAAAAUAAUAGAAUUUGAAAAUUUAAAAUUAAAAGAAAGUAUAUUUUUAAAUCAUCUUUUGUAUUAUCCAGAUAAAAUUUUUCAAGAAAAUAUAAUUUGUCAAGAUAAAAUUUCUACUGAAGAUCAAAAACUUUUUUUGUAUAAAAAAUUGUUAGAAAAACAAGAAAUGAUACUAAAAAAAGAAAAUAUACUUUUGAAUCAACAAUUAGAGUAUGUUGAAAAAUUGAAAAAUCUUCAAAACAAUAUUGAAAAAUUAAAUGAAAUGUCUCCAAAAUUUUAA